AUGACCGAGCGACGUUCGUCGCCGCGGUGGGACGAGCGGAGUCGCAUGCCGGCGCCUUUCCCACGAGCCGGGGCCCAUGAUCCAUGGAAUGAAUACAAUAUCUUGCGGCGCCUCGGUCGUGGCAGCUUUGGACAGGUAUUUGAGGCGCUACACACUCCCACGUCCCAGGUCGUCGCUGUGAAGCAGAUUGCCCUCGAGGGCACAGGCGAUGGGGCUGGUGACGACUCACAUACUCAAGACCUCAUGGAGAUUCAACGCGAGAUUGCAAGUCUCGCCCAGUGCCAGGACUGUGAGCGUGUCACGCGGUACUAUGGUAGCUUUGUAAAAAAGUACACGCUAUGGGUGGUAAUGGAGCUUAUGGAUGGCGGCUCGUGCCUGUCUCUCUUGCAGCAUGGAGGUGCGCUGCCAGAUGCGGCUAUUGCUGUUGUAUGUCGAGAGCUUGUGCUUGGACUCGACUACUUACAUGCGCAAGGUAUCAUCCAUCGCGACAUCAAGUCGGCCAACGUGCUGCUGACGCGGCACGGCCAGGUGAAGCUUGGUACGUACCUGCCACUGACCGCAGCGGACUUUGGCGUUGCAGCGCAGCUUUUACAUCGGGGAUCUCGGAGAAAUACCCUUGUUGGAUCGCCCUACUGGAUGGCGCCCGAAGUGAUCAAGCAGUCGCACUAUGAUGCGCGUGCGGAUAUUUGGUCGCUGGGUAUCACCGCCAUCGAGCUAGCGACGGGUCACCCACCUCUAUCCGAAUAUCAUCCAAUGCGCGCCAUGUUCCUCAUCCCGAAAGCGACGCCGCCCCGGAUUGAAGCUAGCCACGACCCCGGCCUCGUGCGUUUCGUCGAUCGCUGCCUCGCGAAAAGCGCUGCCGACCGUGCUACGGCGCGGCAACUGCGGACAGAUGCAUGGAUCGAAAGCGCCGGCUCCCUCGAGGUUCUGCAGCGCGUGAUCGAUGCGCGUGGCCCGCCUGUCGGUUCAACAUCUAGUCUGUCGCUACAGGACAAGAGUAGUGUGCUGGACACAAGCACAUUCAGUGAAUGGCAGUUUGACACGACGCCCGAUGCGCCCCCCCCUGCCGAGGCAACCAUGUCCGUGCGAGACGCCUCGCAGGCGCCUGUUGUCCCUGUACAUACCCCGCCUCCCACGGCGCCUGCUGCUGACUUGGACCUGCCCAGCACGCCGCACUCGCCUCGGCGUGAGGCUUCCCCGAAUAAGACGAGCAGCCGUGCUUACCCCGUGAGCCACAGCCCCGUGCGACAGCUGACCGAGCAGCCAUCGAUGACUGCACAGAACCGCAUCCAGCUAGCGCUUGAGCAGCUCGCAUUCCAGGCCGGGCAAGACCCAGACGAGGCGUCGACGCUGCGCUCGCUCGUGCACCAGCUACACGCGCUGCUUAGCCAGGUGGGCCGUCAGCGCCCCGAGUACCUGGAGCAGCUGGUUGACAUGCUCAAGGAUGGCACGGCGCGCGAGGGUGACGCGCCUCGGGUGCCUGCAGCCCACUCGCGCCUGGCGGCCUGCGUGGUCGCUGGGAUGUGCUAG